AUGCCCUUAGCCAAAAACGGAAAUAUGAUGGCAAGCCUCCAAGCGCCUGUUACCAUUGCGGAAAAACAGGACACUGGAAUACUGACUGCCCGUCACGACGCAGAGGCGUUCAACCGACUCGAGGAAACUCGAAGAGACGCAUGGGUACGACAGGGAGAAGAAGCCGCGCGGUUGAUUUGGAAGGAGAAGACGACGCACCCGCUAUGGGAAACCAACGGGUACCACAACCUGGUCCUUCAAUGGAACGUCCUCACUCUACCUCAUCCGGACGACCCCGAACGAACCAUGGGCAACGCGCUAUGUUACCUAACGGACGACGGGGAGACGGAAGCGUCAGUCAUUCUGCUCGAAUCGGAGCAGUGCUCGGAGAACUAG